UCCCCGCAGGAAAUUCUGCCCACGGUGGCCCGGUUCUGCUUCCCUUUCUACGUGGACAGCCUCACGGUGGGGCAGGUGGGACAGAACUUCACUUUUGUCCUCACGGAUAUCGACAGCAAACAGAGGUUCGGCUUCUGCCGCUUGUCCUCGGGGGCCAAGACCUGCUUCUGUAUCUUAAGUUAUCUCCCCUGGUUUGAAGUCUUUUAUAAACUGCUGAAUAUUCUGGCAGACUACACAGUGAAGGGCCAGGACAGCCAAAGGUUUGAACUUCUGCAGACACUUUACAAACUACCAAUUCCUGAGCCGGCUUCUUCGGUUCAUCUCAGUGUGCACUCUUACUUUACGGUGCCCGACACCAGAGACCUUCCCAGCAUCCCCGAAAAUAGAAAUCUGACUGAGUAUUUUGUCGCCGUGGAUGUCAACAACAUGCUGCAUUUGUACGCUAGCAUGCUCUACGAACGCCGCAUCCUCAUUUGCUGCAGUAAAUUGAGCACGCUAACUGCCUGCGUCCACGGCUCAGCCUCCUUGCUCUACCCAAUGUUUUGGCAACACGUUUAUAUCCCUGUCCUGCCUCCUCACCUGUUGGACUACUGCUGCGCUCCGAUGCCCUACCUCAUAGGAGUUCAUUUAAGCCUGAUAGAGAAAGUCAGAAAUAUUUCUCUGGAUGACGUGGUCAUCCUGAAUGUGGACACUAACACACUGGAAACACCUUUUGAUGACCUGCAAAACCUCCCAAAUGAUAUAAUUUCCUCGCUGAAAAGCCGGUUGAAGAAGGUCUCCAUGACCACAGGGGAUGGGGUCGCCAGAGCGUUCCUCAAAGCCCAGGCCGCUUUUUUCGGGAGCUAUCGAAACGCGCUGAAGAUCGAGCCAGCCGAGCCCAUCACCUUCUGCGAAGAAAUAUUCAUCUCCCACCGGUCAGCCACCAUGCGGCAAUUCCUGCAGAAUGCCAUCCAGCUGCAGCUUUUCAAGCAGAAAGGAAGUGGGGCCAUUUUAAACACGGUGAAGACUAAGGCGAAUCCUGCCAUGAAGACGGUCUACAAAUUUGCAAAAGAUCAUGCAAAAAUGGGAAUAAAGGAGGUGAAAAAUCGCUUGAAGCAAAAGGACAUCAGUGAAAACGGCUGUUCCACCAUGCCAGAAGAUUCCACUUCAAGGACAGCUCCAUCUCCCCUGGCUGAAAAAAGGGACCCCAAACUCCAGGAUGACAGGAGACCCAUCACCGUUCACUUUGGCCAGCCAAGUGCACCGCCGCCGAGACCACCCCUGCCCAAGAUUCAUCGCUCCGCCAGGCCCGUUCGGCCGCCCAGACCCCAAGUUGUCCGAAGACCCAAAGGCAACGUUGCUGUGGACGGUCGAAGGACAUCUGUCUCCAGCCCAGAGCACCUGGUCAAGCCCACGCGCCACUAUACGGUCUUCCUGUUGGAGGAUUCUUCCGGCGAUGAGCUUCCUCAGGACGAUGGACCCGUUUCUGCCUUCUCUGACAGCUUUCUCUUCUCCGCGCCUUUCGAAUGGCCUCAGCCCUAUCGCGCUCUGAAGGAAUCCGACAGUGGCGAUGGAGAAGAAGGCAUCAGUCCCGAGAGACUCCAGGACGACAGCCAGAUGGACCCGACCACUCCAGAAAGCCCUACAGAUAUUAGUCUACUGGAAGACAUCUUCACAGGACUGGAGGUGGAGUCACAGCCACAGCCACUCAGCCAAGCCAGGAGCUUAGAAGAUCUGAGGAUUCCCAAACAGGAAGAGGACCAGCAGGGCUCCUUCGACUAUCAGCGGAUGGACCUGGGUUUUGCGGAAAAGAGCUGGACCACCCCAGGGAUGAAGCUUUUUCACCCUUAUAAGCAGUUCUGGGGCCAGGACGACAUGGCCCUCUCCACAAAGUUCUCCCCCAAAUCUCCAGAGAGGCCACUGAGAAACGUGCCUCCUGUCCCAAGGAGACCUCAGAGCAGAGACGCCAUCCUGGAUGUUCCCGAGAAGGAAGUUGGAAGUUCUCCUGCCGCCCAAGGGAAUAUCACCAUCCCACGCCCGCAGGGGAGGAAGACGCCAGAGCUGGGCAUUGUCCCACCGCCCCCUCCACCCCGGCUUUCCAAGCAGCAGGUGCCCCCAGAAGCUGCCCCUGGCCUGGCAGGGCCUGGCCAACUGGCCUCGGAGCUCCUGCAGGAGACCUUUGCGGCCAGAAACGUCUCUCUGGACCGGCAACUGGCCGGUUUUGCUCCUCACCAAGUCCAGCUUUCGUCUGGUGCCGUCAAUGAAGGAGAAAUGCUCCAGCCGGUCAAGGUCAAUGCAGAGGGCAUGAGUGGAGACAGCGACUCGCUCCUUGCUCUUCUGGACCCACUGAAGUCAGGAGAAGUUCCAUCAAGCUCCAGAAGCCAGCUGGGGUCCUCGUCUCCAAGCCCGGCCGGCAGCUUCCCAUCCACAGGAGAAGACCUCAUGCCCUCUACGUCAGCCCCCUUUCGCCAACUGCUGGGAUACCCUCCCUCGGCGACACCCUUUGGCCAGCCCUCGCUCAACCCCUUCGUCCAGGCGGUGCCGACACCUCUGCCGCUCACCGUGGUCAGGCCCCCCGGCGGCCCAUUUGCUCCCUCGCUGGGCCACGCUUACAGUUCCAGCUACAUCACCUCUAACUCCAGCUUCUUCCAGCUCCAGAGGCCUCCCCCCAACCCUCUGACCCUCUCCAUGCCCAACCUCUUUGCCAAGUCUCCCUCAGCCCUGCCGCCAGCUGCUCAGCCUCUUUCCCAGAGUGGCGUCUCUCGUCCGUGUGGCCCUUCUAAGAUCCGGACAUUGCCUCUUCCUCAUUCUGCGGUCAAGAUAAAGCUGGCGGCGAGGCCCAGCAACCUCCCGCUGGUUCCCCCCAAGACCAAGGUUGGGGAACCGGCCUUGUGCCCGUCGAAGACUCAGCCGGCUAAAGACCCCUUUGAGGACUUGUUAAAUAAAACCAAACAGGAAGUGUCCGUUGUGCCCGGUAAAGUUGAGCAGCUAAGAAGGCAAUGGGAAACGUUUGAGUGAG